GACCCGAGCGCCAUGCCGAGACCAACUUCCCAGGACUUAGCAGGUUUCUGGGACUUAUUGCAGCUCUCAAUUGAAGAUGUCAGCAUGAAGUUUGAUGAACUGCACCAGUUGAAACUCAAUGAAUGGAAAAUAAUAGAAUCACCUGAAAGGAAGGAAGAAAGAAAGGUUCCUCCUCCUGUACCAAAGAAGCCCCCAAAAGGAAAAUUCCCUAUCACAAGAGAAAAAUCUCUGGACCUACCCGACAGACAGCGACAAGAAGCUAGAAGACGGCUAAUGGCUGCUAAGAGAGCAGCCUCUUUCCGGCAGAAUUCAGCCACAGAGCGUGCAGACAGCAUUGAGAUAUAUAUUCCAGAGGCUCAAACCCGGCUUUAAAGACAGAAUGCUGCAGAGUUCCUUUUUUAAACAAAAUGCUUGUACAGUUUGUCACUUACCUGGUAAUUUUUGUCUCAUUCUCUCCACUAAAUAUGCCCUUGCUGUUGUGUUCUUUGUGCCAUAAGCACAGUGGAAUGCUUUUGAUUUCCUCAGAAUUUGCUGAGCUCACCGCAAGAACGACUUCUUUUUGUAUUUAUUGUCUCUGACUUACAAUCAGCUACAAUGGAUAGGGCUUGUCGAGACCUGACUUAUCCAAUAAAUUCUCAGAGGACAACAAGAAACACCUCUUGAGAUGGAACCCAGCUUACUUUUUUGUUAUUUAUAUUUUUAUAAAAUGUGUGAUAAUUAGGGAUAAGAAUAACAAACUAUAAAUGGGUGCAUCUCACCAUUCACUAGAGGCAUUAGCUAAUCCAAGUAGAAGGUGCUACAAAUGUAAAGAGCAGGAAAGAAAGAACCCAUUUAUCUCUCUGACCUCCAGUUUCUUUUCCUAGAACCCAGCUAACAUAUUUACCCAUGUGCUCUGCCACUCUUCUCAUCUUUGUUACUGCAGAAUAACACUAGGCCUCUCGUGUCAUAUCAAGUUUCUGGAGAUGAACAGGGAUACCCAGCCACUAAAACUCCAAAGUUCAUCAGAAACCAAGAAGCAUACGAGUCUGGUGGUGGUGGGAAUGCCCACUGAGAAACGUUUGCUGUUAGCAGUAUAAUGACACUCCGAAACCUAAGCAAAAUUAUAAUGCAAGAGGACUUGAGUGAUGGGUGAAAGGAAAAUGGAAGCCUUAAAAAGUUAGAUCUUCUGUAGCAAGAUGUGUAAAGAAAAAGUUAUACUCACUCCUUUGGAACACUCAUUGCGUUUUUAGCAGUUCUUUUACGUGUUAACCUUUAUUUUACAAACCUUCUCUCUUUCAUUUCAAGAGCUGUGCUACAUGUAAUAUUUCAAACUCUCAAAAUGUUAUAUCAAUUGAGUUUCCAGGGUAUCCUUGAGAAAAAAAAAAAAAAUCUUGCUUGUUUAAAAUGCCAGUUGUGAUGUUGUAAACAGUUUAAGAAAUAUGAAUGUGAGUGGUAAGUAUAUCUAAGUUUAAAUGGUUAUGUUAAGGUAAAGGUGAACUGUGGUUUACAGUUGUAUUUUUUUUUAGAACUAUUUUUCUAUGCAGUAUCAUUUAUGGCAAGAAGAAGCUUCUUGCUUGCUUCAGACAUAGAAAACCCCAUGACUCAAGAGAUAAGUGGUUUCCAGCCAUGGAAUAUAAGGAAAAUAAUGAAUUUUCAAGCCUCACAUCAUCAGAAGAGAGAAGUGGUAACUACCACAGUCAAAGAGGCUUUAAUUUAAAACAAAUUAAGAGAGAAUUAUUCCACUUCACC